AUGCCCCCACUCUGCCACCUUCCCACCCUGCUGCGGUUACCACGGAAACCAGCAGCCGAGCUUGCGGUUGACAGCACGGCAUCCCGGCUCUUCCGUCCUGCAUUUUUCCUGUGCCAGGCCUCAUGCCAACAGAGACCAGCGACUGGCCCCUCUGCUCAGACCUGCUGUGUGACUCGGUCAGAGGAAGCAGUGCCUCUGGGCUUCUCCUUCUUCCCCCAGGAGUUCCUCGCCGGCACGCCUCUCCCUCCAGAUGCUCGGGUGGAGAGCGGGCCGUGGGGAUGGGGUCUCCAGGUCCCUGCCUCUCGGGAGGCUGAGGCCACGUUCUUAGAGGGACCUGAGGAGGAGGACCCCAGGCUCACGACCUCUCCUCCUUCCGCCCUAGCCUGGGCUGGGCAAGGGGCCUCAGCCCCAGCUGGGCCUGACCUUGUCUGCAGACACUUCUUCUGCUUCAGCAGCCUCGGCACCAGGAAGGCCCUCUGCGCCCGGGAAGGACCUACUCUGUGCCAGGCCCCUGGCCUUGCUCCAGCCCACAGGCCACGGACCCUCAAACCACAGCACGUGGCCGUGGGCUCUGAUGCCCCGGCUGGCUCCGGGGGUCCUGCAGACUUGAGGGCAUGGGGAGGGGACUGCAUUUCCCCGUGGCGCUCAGCGAGCGUCCCUUUAAACACUGAUUUUGCUGCCCGGUCCCUGAGGCACAGGGAGAGGAGGAGCAAGUCACACGCAGGCAGGGCCAGGGCCGGCACCUGGGCCUCAGGCUGGAGAACCCGCAGCCUUGAGGGCGGCCGAGACCGUCUUCACCCCGGGGUCCUCCGCCGGCUUCCCGCCCCCAGAAGAGCGGCAGCCACAGCAGGCAGACCAGCACGUGCGCCCAGUCCUGCGACGGCUUCCCGCACAGCGGCACACACGCCCCUCACGCCGCCCCGUGAACACCUGUGGGCACACGUGCACCUCUGCCGCCCUGCACAGCUGCACACGUGCACACGCAUCUGCACACACGCAGACACCCGCGUGUGCUGGGGGGUGGUCGUGGACCGUCCCACCCUGGACGCUCGGCGGCCAGUGGGUUUGCUCUGUCCCUCGCGCCUCCUGCCCCCGGGGGGCUACAGAACACACAGCUUGUGGAACCAAAGACCAGCAAGGAGCAGAGGACCUGGUGUUGGGGCGAGAGGCUCUGCAGGCUCCUGGGGGGACCUGGGGCUCUGACCACGGCCAUCCUGUCCCCACUCUCCUGCGCUCCAUGGAGUCCCCAGGCAGUGCUUGCUCAGGCCUGGGCUUCAAGGGGUCUGUCCCUCUGCCUCCAUCCAUCAGAGACGGGGAAGCUUCGGGAGUGAGUUGCCAUGGCUGGGGCCACUCAUCGGGCGGGAGAUCCUCUGCUGGCUGCUGCUGUCCCCCAGGCCCUGGGACUUGGACCCACAGGGCCCUCUGCCCAUCAGGGACCCUGCAUUUACAGGCAGGACAGACCCUCGGGACCCAGGGGCAGCUGCAGGGCCAGUGCUGGACGGC